UAAGAGAAGUUUUUACCGAUUUAUUUUGUCGGCCGUUUCGAUAACUCACGUGUAUAACCGGAAUAUCGGUGACUAGUGAUUUACAUCUACUAUGCAUCUGCUAUACAUAAUAUUAUUUGAUGACUAUACUAUCGUGACGUAUCGCCAAAAUUGACCUUCUCUCCACGUAUUUCAUUUCCGUUCGUUUCAAUAUCAAAAAUGCAUGGUGAUAAUUCUCGAUGUCCACAUCGCUUAUCCUUCAGUUUUCGAAGCCCUGUCUCAUAGUCGCGCUCAUAGUUUACAAUUCCAGUUGUAGCUUCUCCAAUCAACUAUCCCGGAGCUCUCGGUAACUCCACCCACGUUCAUCUGUAUUUCCACAACCAAACAAUACGUUAGCUUUAUCUGCACCCACACCCCGCACCAUAGAUAUAUUGAACCCAUACCGGUCUACGUGUAGUUAUUAGUUCGCGAUCGUUCGGCUGGGCAUAGAAUCAGGGACCGUCCAAAAAAUAACUACUCCUAAGCGUUUGACGUGGGCGAUAUAUCGCCCGCGCCCAUUCGUUAUAUCUCGCCGUGCGUAUAAGACGAACGAUGAACGAGAAUGCCCCGGUAUUCGAUUCUCUUUUUGAUAAAGAGGAAAUUCAACACGCGACGGCUACCAGUUUUCGGCUUUAGCGAGAAAUGGGAAGCCUGAAAGGGACGCGGGAAUUUUCGAGCGUCCAAUUGCGAACACGAGACACGGGGUAUCGGACGGAGAGGUACCGGCACAGGUCUAACGGUAAUCGAAGAAAUUCUAGAAGCCCCGCAAACUCCAGGAACCAAGUGAUCGGAAUUUAAACACGUUGGGGAAUGAUAUAAAUAUCUGCAGAAAGUCCCCGUGGGCGGGGGCGGGGGGAGGGCAACGUGGUUCGCGACGAAGGAGAUGAAAGAGACGAACGAGACGGGAAGGGAGACGAAGGAGAUGGUGAAAAAUCCGGAGAAUGGCGCGAUAGGAGGGAUGCAUAAAGGCGAAAGAAGUGAUAGAGUUGGCAUUCUUGACCUAGCCAUGCGUGACCGGAGGCUGCGGAGCGCUAUCGGUCCGCGGCGUACCUACUACUCACAUGCCUGGUAGCGCCGAACAAGCGAGCAGUGUCUCAACGGAUACCGAGUAUCCGAGUAUCCGAGUAUCCGAGUAUCCGAGUGCAAACGCGAGGCGUGAGAUUUUAGCUUACGUCGUCGGGUCACCGAGUGCGACGAACGCAAUUCGCUCUCUUGCGUCUCUCCUCCUCUGCACAGCCCUUCACCCUUCGCCCUUCCAUUCCUUUUUCUUCCUUCUCUGCUCGACUUGUACGCUACGCGCCUUCUCCCUCGGCGGUUUCGCCGAACUCUCACGCGGUCGACGUUCGCACAGUCUGGCAUCAUCAUUUUUCGGCGCACAGCCGCACCGGAAAGAAACAACUUGCGGUCGCAUCGCAAUCCGCGCCAAUUUCAACGACUCUCGGCAUUCACUCGGACACAUGGAAAUCGAUGCGGGCCGCGGUUGAAAAAUUGCCCCCGCGACUGACAGGAUUUGCGUGCAACAUGCCACUCGAUUCGGUAUUUCGUCCGGAGGGUGAUGUGAAAUCUCGCUGAUUUCGUCGGCUGUGCCGUACGUAUACUUAUCCGAACACAUUGCGAGUGUGCAUAGGCGCGUUACCGAUCUCACGAUGAAACAGCUCGCGUGAAUCGGGUUCAUGAGUUAUUUCAUCGCUGCCCUUGUUGAAAAAAAACGACAAUUUCGAAGAUUCCUCUCAAUAAAAUUGAAAACCGAUCUCCGCGCCUACGAUUGAAACAAUCUGAUCGGUUUAUCUCCGUUCCCCGCUGUUUCCCGAACGGCAACGCGAAUUUACCGUGGUUCGAUUCGAUCAAGAACGAGGACGUACGAUCGGUAUGAGAAAAGUUUGACGCGCUUGGAGAAAAUAAAUAGCGCGUUGCACGUACGUAAGGACCACGAAAAAUGAGGAGGAUAGCGUCGACUGCCGAGCUAACGUGAGCGAGAAAGACCCGACGACUCGACUACUAUCGACUAACGGCCACCGUAUGCGCCGCCUCGAUCGUAACGUUGUAACAGUUUGUUGAUCUUGGAAGACCGUGAGCCGGUGCAGCGCCGGCGAUACCGAUGUAUCGGCUACGGCCUCGUGGCGGUUGUUCGGAAAAUCCGAGGUUACGCGGAAUCGGAGUCUGGUUGCCUCGGCUCCCCGGUAACGCUGGCCUGGUUCCCCCUGACUACGAAUCGGACGAUCAGCUUUCAGACUCACCGGUCAAUAAGUAUACCCGGUGCACGGGUACUCGCACACGCGGGCGUUACCCGCACCUCGUCUCCCAUCAAUUUGCCGAUGGGUCGUAAUCUCAGCUCACAUUCGACACCCGGUAUCUCCGAUGAGGUCUACGGGAUCGCGACAUUUGCGAUUCCGACAAUUUACCGGGUGCCAGAAUGCGGUGGCUCGGGUACGUGGCGACAAUCCUCUGGUGGUCAGGCAUCGCUAGGUCCCUCAGCACGCUGAAUCGAGGUCACAGUUACAAGAUCAGCCCGAAGCCCUGCAGAGGACCCGAACCAGGGAACGAGGAAGGGACGUGCAUGUUCGUUUGGGAGUGUAUAAAGUCAGAGGGUAGUCACGUCGGUGUUUGCGUGGACACCUUUAUGUUCGGGAGCUGCUGUGUCCACAAUUCGACGGCGAACAACGUCAACGCGACCCCUGUCAUCUCUGGGGGUAGUCCGAGCACGCGGCCCUCCCUUGCGGAGGCCUUGUACACUUCGCCGUCGGGAUCCAAGUCUCCCGGGUCGUCGCAAUACCCGCAGAGGACUCACCCCGCUACUCCGUCGCUCGGGCAUCACGGCUACGCGGGCGUCACUACCGGAAGUUCACAGGGCAGACCUCAGAGGCCGAAGCCCACCGGCGUGGGCUCGGGUCCGGGUAGACCCGCUCAGAAGAGGCCGCAGGGCACCCAACUUGCGAAUCAGGACAACAGGCUCACUAACGAUUUUCACGUGGAGACCGAAAGCAUAGAAGUGAGCGAAACCGAUGACACGCAAGCCGUUGAUCAGAGUCCGAAGUACCCGGGACUUGGGGGGCCGGUGGACAAGGACGACGUGUCGCACAAUACGCUCGUAGUAAAAUUACCGAGCAGGAUACCCGGCCAGGAAGCGAGGCCGCACAGACCGGGUUACAGUCCGAAACCCCACACCGCUCAAAGGCCGUCCGAGUCCAGACCCGACGACGGUAAAACGGAAGACACGGACUUGGUCGUGCAGGCGACCGUGCACAAGCCCAACGUCGACUCGGGGCUCGCCGGAAACAACGGAGCCAUCGUCCAGAAGCAGAACCCGAAUUUCAUUCACACGGAACGUCCGCAGUGGGCCACGAAGCCCAAUCUCUCUCAGAAGCCCUCGACUGACCCCUCAAAGCCGCUCGUUUACCCGAAAACCACGACUUACCGUCCCGGAUCGAUCGCGAACGCGAAGCCGAAUUUCGUCUCGAAUACCGAUGCGGAUAAGAUCUCUGUGAAAACGACGAGCAUUACGCGACCCACUUACUACAGCAGCCAAUUGACCGGCACAGCCGGAUUCACGCAGCAUACGAUCCAAUGGCAGGUCACCACGGAACCUGCUUUCGUCACCAAACAGAAGACCCCGACCGAACGACCUCCGACCGUCUUGGAAGCCACAAGACCCACGGUGUCCAGUCCUCAGAUUUGGUCCGAGAACACCUGGACCCCGCCCAGACAAUCCCCCAAACCUCAUUGGACUGACAGCCCGACUUGGUUCGAGGGCGGCCCUGAAAGCUUCCCUUCGAAACCUCCGGGACCCACCAGACCUACCAGACCGAACAAACCCUACCAGAGCAUGGACUACGAGAAGCCUCUAGGCUCCGCUCACUACAUAACGACAUCCUACGUGGAGUCAUCGACUAAGGCGAAGCCCAUCAAGAAACCGAGCACGACUGCGACCCCGACAACAACGCCGAGCGGUACGUCCUCGACGAAAACGAUAACGACAACAACGACGAGAACUACGAGCGCGGAAAACCCCGUAACGUCUCCCUCGUCGUCCACGACCGCGAGCACCACUACCAAAAGAAUUCCUGGCAACGUUUUGACCGUCUCCGCGUCUACGGGUAGCAAGGAAACGCAGUGCGGUGUCCCCCCGUUGUUCCCACGUCCCGAGACCCGAAUAGUCGGCGGAAAGGACGCCCCGUUCGGUAGGUGGCCGUGGCAAGUCUCCGUCCGAAGAACGUCCUUCUUCGGAUUCUCGAGUACGCACAGAUGCGGGGGUGCGGUCCUCAACGAAAACUGGAUAGCCACCGCUGGUCACUGCGUCGACGAUCUGCUGACGUCGCAGAUCCGUAUUCGCGUCGGCGAAUACGAUUUUUCGUCCGUCCAGGAGCGUCUCCCUUUUGUGGAAAGGGCGGUGGCGCGAAAAGUGGUCCAUCCUAAAUACAACUUUUUCACCUACGAGUACGACCUCGCUCUGGUACGACUUGAGACAUCACUCACCUUUGCGCCGCACAUAUCGCCGAUCUGUUUACCAGCCACCGACGAUCUGCUCGUCGGCGAAAAUGCCACCGUCACCGGAUGGGGACGACUCAGCGAGGGAGGGACGUUACCCUCCGUCCUGCAAGAGGUUUCAGUGCCGAUUGUCAGCAACGAAAGGUGCAAGUCGAUGUUUCUAAGAGCUGGAAGACACGAGUUCAUCCCCGAAAUAUUUCUGUGCGCGGGGCAUGAAAUGGGGGGUCAGGAUUCCUGUCAGGGCGAUUCCGGGGGUCCUCUGCAAGUCCGCGGUCGUGACGGACGUUAUUUUUUGGCGGGCAUAAUAUCGUGGGGUAUCGGCUGCGCGGAGGCUAAUUUGCCAGGCGUUUGCACGAGGAUAUCAAAGUUUGUUCCAUGGAUUUUGAAGAAUGUCACUUAGCCCGAGAUCACCCGUCGAGUCUGGAAGGUGUUCCAGUCUUCGCUGGAAGCGGGUCUAUAUUUCCGGUACCUUGAGCAGCAAAGGAAUGGAUCCCGAAGUGUCGGGGAUUGAGACGCAACUGAAUGUAAAACCAAUUGUAAGAAUAAUGUCAAUUCGAAACCCAACAAUACUCGAUCGACGACCAAACGCCCAGACUUCGUGGGAAGCCGCGCUCUAACACGAGAUAACUCGUGCGAGUCGGCGUAUCGGAGGAGACCUGUUUCAUUGUUGUAACUAUGUACGCAAGUUCGUUGAGGUGAAAAAUAGCAGAUGGUGAGCAGUACAGAAUUACAAUCGAUGAAUAUAAAUGAAUCGUCAUUCGAUGAUAAUGUUCCAACGAAUAAACGAACUGGCGAUAAGUACCGCUCAGUUUACGCGGAAUACGGCAUACGUGAGGAGAGAUGUACUAUAUGUAUACAUAAAUUUGUACGUAAAAAAUAUUGAGGUUUGAAAGGCUUUCGUCGGAUAAACAUAAACAUGCUACGGUCUUGCCUCGGAAUGACGACACCGACGAAACGUUGAUGUUGAACUACGUCGUGUUACGAGAACCGUGUAGUAAUAGACGUUGCGAGGUAGACACAUGUUAUGCCUAUAGAUGUGUCGUUAUCGCAACACCCGAUAAUUGCUGCUUUUCCGAACGGUUCUUUCCAUAAAACACACACGCACGUACACACACACAUAAUCACACACAUUUUUGUACAUAGCACUACUCAAUUGUAAAUCACUAUAGCUAUACAUAGUAUAGGUGAAGUAUGCAUAUAUUAUAGCAAUAUAUUAUAAUAAUUACAGUGAUAAGUUACAGAUUUAUUAAAUAAUGAUAAUUACCAACGUAAUAUUUAAUAUUUUUCGAAGAACAUAAAUCUAUUGUUCAUAAACAAUGUCAAAUAAAUAUCUUUUCGUUCUUA